AUGGACACGUUGAUCGACGCUGCCAUGUCUGUAAGGGAUACGUCGCUAGGAACUUCGACGGAACCCGUCGAUGGAGGGGCCCCUUCGGGGGCAAGCAGUGACCAGAGGACGGCGCCCCCGGCAGUUCCAGCCGAUACUACGACCGCUGUCGAGUCCGCGUCCGAGGGUGCCGACCGGUCCGAGAAAAUAAAGAAAGCCAAGAAGGCGUUGCUUCUGGCCGAACUCCGCGAGGUGAAAGGCGCGGCUAAUGUCGUGCUUAUGGAUUAUGAGAAAUGA